AUGAGCGUUCUCGAACAACUUAAGGCUGCCUCCGUAGUUGUUGCAGAUACCGGUGACUUCAAUGCUAUCAAGGAGUUUCAACCUACUGAUGCUACCACCAACCCAUCUCUUAUUCUGGCUGCAUCCAAAAUGGAACAAUACGCUGCACUCAUCGAUGAAGCGGUGACUUAUGCCAAAGAACACGCUAAAGGUCACCAAGAAAUUGUUGAAGCUGCCAUGGAUCGUCUAUUCGUAGUUUUCGGAAAAGAAAUCUUGAAGACGAUUCCGGGAAGAGUCUCGACCGAAGUUGAUGCUCGUCUCUCUUUCGAUUCUCAAGCUUCCAUUGAUCGUGCUCUUGGACUCAUUGCUCAAUAUGAAAAAGAGGGAAUUUCUAGAGAUCGCAUUCUGAUUAAACUUGCUUCGACAUGGGAAGGAAUCCAAGCUGCAAAGUUUCUCGAAUCUCAACAUGGAAUUCAUUGCAACAUGACCCUUCUUUUCAAUUUCGAGCAAGCCGUCGCAUGCGCUGAAUCAGGUGUCACUUUGAUUUCCCCAUUUGUUGGUCGUAUCAUGGAUUGGUUCGUAAAGAACACCGACCAAAAAGCGUACACUCGUAAAGAUGAUCCGGGUGUUGUCAGUGUCACGCGUAUUUUCAACUACUACAAAAAGUACGACUACAAAACUCAAGUCAUGGCGGCUUCAUUCAGAAACACGGAAGAAAUCAAAGGAUUGGUUGGUUGUGAUCUUCUCACUAUCUCUCCAGCGUUGUUGAAACAACUCGCUACUGAAACUGAGGCCGCUCCAGUAGUUCUCAGCACUUCUCAUGCCAAACAACUCGAUAUGCCAAAGGUCAGCAUCGAUGAAAAGACUUUCCGAUGGGCUCUCAAUGAAGAUGCAAUGGCUACUGAGAAACUUGCUGAAGGAAUUCGUAACUUCGCUAAGGAUGCCAGAACCCUGGAGAAAUUGAUCGAAGCUAAGAUCUGA